AGAAGCGGAAGUGAAGCAGGUUUCCUGACGGAUCAGCGGUUAACAGCUUCAACCAGCAGCUAACCAGCAGUUCAACCAGUUUCCAGGAGGACCAGACCGCCGCACUGAAGAGUCACCAUGACAGCCGCUCCCUACAACUACUCCUACAUCUUCAAGUACAUCAUCAUCGGAGAUAUGGGCGUCGGGAAGUCAUGUUUGCUUCAUCAGUUCACAGAGAAGAAAUUCAUGGCCGACUGUCCUCACACCAUCGGCGUGGAGUUUGGGACGAGGAUCAUGGAGGUCCACGGUCAGAAGGUGAAGCUGCAGAUCUGGGACACGGCGGGUCAGGAGCGCUUCAGGGCCGUCACCAGGUCCUACUACCGGGGGGCGGCGGGGGCCCUCAUGGUCUAUGACAUCACCAGGAGAAGUACCUACAACCACCUGAGCAGCUGGCUGACGGACGCCCGGAACCUGACCAACCCGAACACGGUGAUCAUCCUGAUCGGGAACAAGGCGGACCUGGAGGCUCAGAGGGACGUGACGUACGAAGAGGCCAAGCAGUUCGCAGAGGAGAACGGUCUGCUGUUCCUGGAAGCCAGCGCCAAGACAGGAGAGAAUGUGGAGGAGGCGUUCCUGGAGGCGGCCAAGAAGAUCUACCAGAACAUCCAGGACGGCAGUUUGGACCUGAACGCGGCCGAGUCCGGCGUCCAGCACAAGCCGUCGGCGCCGCAGGGCGGCCGGCUCAACGCCGACAGCCAGCCGGCCAAGGAGGGCUGCAGCUGCUAGCCUCAGAACCGGACCGGUACCGGACCCGACCCAACCGGCACCACCACGCAGAGCCACAACCGGUUCCAUCAGAACCCAAAUCACUGAUCCAAUCAGCUUCACUAAAUCAUGUCUCUGAUCCUCCUCUGGUACCAGAACCAGUCCAGCUCCGAGUCCGGACCCGGUCAGAACCUGAACCCCGCUCAGAACAAAAGACCAGGAUCCGAUCAGAACCACAGCUGGGUCACUAAGGACUCCCAGCUGAACCCAGAAGGUUCUCCUCUUAAAAUCCUAAUACCCGGUCAGGACCGGUACCGGUCCACAUCCGGUCCUGUCCGGGUUGGAUAAGUCCACAAACAUCAGGUUGAGUCUGUCAGACUCCGGGGACCCACCGGGAAAACAGAACCGGGUCCCAAACCAGGCCGUCCAGAACCCAACAAUCAGAACCGUGUGGAUUUCCAUCCAGGUCGAUCCAGAAUCCAGUUCAUGACCUUUAGAACCACAAAUUCUGGAUUUCCCGACCGGUUCCUGGUUUCUUUUGGUUCUGGUCUCGACCCGGGUUUGGCAACUCCAGAUGUUUCUCCAAUUUAAAAAUAAAAACUAAUCGUCCUGGUUCUGAAAGUCCAACAUCUUGUCGAUAAACCCAGAUACUGGGUCGCUGGUUCUGCUGCAGCACAGAACAGAGAAUAAUUAUUAAAGUAUUAAUAAAUAAAAUAAUAUUUUAUAAAAGCUGGUUUUAAUCGGACUCUUCCAGAACCAACUAACAGGCCCGGUUCUGCCGUGAGCCCAGAUAACAUCGGAU